UAAUUCCAACAUUGCUACUUCCGUGUUAAGGCUUGUGCUAAAUAUGCGCAACGUGCCGCAGGUUCCAAGAUGGCGAAGAAAAAAGAAUCGGAGAAGUCUUCUCCAAAUAACGAACUAAAUAAGCAGGAUAAGAAUGAAAAUAAUGACGAAGAACCGAACUUUAGUGAUGCUGAAGGAUUUGUUGACAAUAUAUCCGAUGAAGAACUCCUUGGUGACCUUCUAAAACAGAAGCCUCGCGAAACUGAUGGGGUUGAAUCAGUAAUUGUGGUGGAUGGAGUGCCACAGGUUGGACCUGAACGUCUAGAGAAGCUGACAACUGUUAUUAACAAGAUAUUUUCAAAGUUUGGAACUAUUGUUAAUGAGUAUUACCCUACAAAUGAAAAUGGGCAAACCAAAGGAUACAUAUUCUUGGAAUAUAGCAACCCUAAACAUGCUCAAGAGGCUGUCAAGUUGGCAAAUAACCAUAAGCUUGAUCGGCAGCACACUUUUCUUGUGAACCUUUUUACAGAUUUCAAGAAAUAUGAAGAGGUACCGGAUGAGUGGGAGCCUCCUGAACCACAGCCGUAUGUGGAUCAGGGCAAUCUCCACUACUACAUGCUGGAUCAAGAUGCUUAUGACCAGUACUAUAUCGUCACAGGCGGAGGCAGCAACGUUCAGAUAUGGCAGAACACUGCCCCCGAUCCAACAAAGCUUGAAGAACGAGCGAGAUGGUCUGAAACGUAUGUACGGUGGUCACCUCUUGGUUCUUAUCUCGCUACAUUCCACAAGAAAGGAGUUGCUCUGUGGGGUGGAGUUAAGUUCAGCCAGAAGAUGAGAUUCUCUCAUGUCGGUGUACAGUUUAUUGACUUUUCGCCGUGUGAAAAAUAUAUGGUGACCUACUCCCCACACGCUGAUGAUCACCCAAGUGAUAUGAAGAGACUUAUUAUCUGGGACAUUCGUACUGGUAUCGAGAAAAGACACUUCUCUGCAGAUGGACCGGCAGUAUGGCCCAUCUUCCGCUGGUCACAGGAUGAUAGAUUCUUUGCCCGCAUUGGAUCAGAUGUUCUCAGUGUUUAUGAGACACCGUCCUUUGGUUUGCUUGAAAAGAAGAGUGUCAAGAUCCCAGGGAUUCGUGAUUUCAGUUGGUCACCUACUGACAAUGUAUUGGCAUAUUGGGUUGCCGAGGAUAAGGAUGUCCCUGCGAGAGUUACGCUGUUAGAAAUACCUAGUCGUAUUGAAAUCCGAGCCAAGAACUUGUUCAAUGUAGCAGAUUGCAAGAUGCAUUGGCAGAAAUCUGGGGAUUACCUAUGUGUGAACGUCAAUCGCUACAGCAAAAUUAUCCGCAAGGAGAAAAAUGAAGUAAAAUACAGUGGCAUGUAUUACAAUUUUGAGAUCUUCCAUAUGCGUGAAAAGCAGAUCCCAGUGGACAGUGUGGAAAUAAAAGAAGUAAUACAUGCAUUUGCCUGGGAGCCCGUUGGUUCCAAGUUUGCUAUAAUCCAUGGCGAUGGGCCAAAUAUUAGUGUCAGCUUCUACGGAGUUAAGACCGGCCAGACGCCGUCCCUACUCAAACGAUUUGAAAAGAAGACUUGCAACUCGCUGUUUUGGGCACCAUCUGGUCAGUUUAUUGUAUUGGCUGGCCUACGUAAUCUCGGAGGCACAUUGGAGUUUGUCGACACUAAUGAUUUCAGCAUCAUGAACUCUACGGAGCAUUUUGCUUGUUCGGAUGUCGAGUGGGAUCCCACUGGACGAUAUGUGGUUACUGCGGUCUCAUUCUGGAAAACUAAGGUUGAUACAGGUUUUUGGAUCUGGUCGUUCCAAGGGAAGAUCUUGAAGCGGCUUAAUAUUGAGACAUUUUGUGGACUUCAGUGGCGGCCUCGUCUUCAAUCAUUGCUUAUCCCAAAGCAGCAGCAAGAAAUUCGGAAGAAUUUGAAAAAAUAUAGUGCUCAGUUUGAAAGCAAGGACCGUAUGCGUCAGUCCAGAGCAUCAAAAGAACUAAUUGAGAAACGCGCAAAGCUGAUGAAGGAAUUCCAAGAAUAUCGAGCAAAGCGUCUAGAACAGUGGCACGAAGAGAAGACAUGUCGUCUUGAACUACGAAACAACAUCGACACAGAUGAGCUGGAUUCAGAUACGAAGAAUGUUGAAGAGGAAGUAGUUGAAUUUUUCAUCAAGGAAGAGAUAACAGUUAUUGACUAGGAAACGUGUGGCACCACUGCUUGAGUUAUUCUCGGAAGUCUCUGCUAUCAUAACGAGAAAUAAUAAAGAAAGAAGUUUAAUAUAACUGCUGCUGUCGCUACUAAUAAUAAACUAUAAAGUGAUUAUUGUGUGUGUGUAUUAACCUUAAUCAAGGGGAAUAAGUGUUUGUUUGUUUUUUUGUUUCAUAUGAUCAUAUUUUUGACUUUUCCUUGACUCAAAAUGUUGGGUCAGGACUAUUUUAAUUUUUGGAAGCAGUAUAUCGAAUAUCCUUGUUUAGUGCUUUUGCUUGGUCUUUUUCAGGAGUUCUUUAAUUUACCAUACUCUGGGAGUGUGAAGUUUAGCGUAUAUUAUGGGAAAUUCUACCAUAUACCUUAUAGAAUAUAUUGUAAAGUAAUUAGGUAAAGUUUUAGUGAAAUCUUUUACAUUUAUGUACAAGUCAUUAAGAAGAAAAGUAUGGUAAAUAGAAAUGUAUGCACAUCUUGUCGAACAUCGUAAUAAAGUAGUUGUCAUGUUCUUGUAUGCACUGCUACUGUGUCCAUGUAGUUAAUUUCUAGUGUUUGAUAAUUGGCUAGAAAAUGUUCGACAUCUGGGCAGACUGAGUGAACUAACUUCUGUGGCGUACUGUAUGUGAUCUUGAAGUACGCUGCAGGUUUUUUAAUUGAGUCAUAAAAGAAUAAUAAGAGUUUGUACUUUGGAGGAUCAAUCCGUGCAUUAAGUAGAAGUUAAAGUUAUUGGCUUGUCACAAUUA